AUGGGCUCUUACAUAUCGCCCGACCCCGAGCGACCAAUGCAUGUAUUGAUUGCUGGAGGUGGGAUUGUAGGGCUGACCGUCGCUCAAGGAUGCCGCGAAAAUGGGAUCCCAUACACGGUUUUUGAGCGCGACACGGAUGAGUGCCGCCGGCACGGAUGGGCCUUGACACUGCAUUGGGUGCUAGAUGCCCUUGAACGCACCAUUGGGCCAGAAAGAGCUGCGAAAUUGCCAAAAGCGGUUGUAGAUUCAACUCUCAGGAAGGAUCAAGGCAACUUUUUAUUCCUCAAUGCCGAAACAUGCGAGACACGAUUCAGAAUUCCUCCCUCCAAGAGAAGACUUCGCUUGCAUCGUCAAAAGUUCCGUGAUGUGCUUACUGAUGGCUUGAAUAUCCAAGAUGGAAAAUACCUUGUGAGGGUAGAAGAGAUUGAAGGCGGAGUGCGCGCCCAUUUCCAGGAUGGAACCUUUGCAGAUGGGACGAUCCUUGUCGGAGCAGAUGGCAACAACAGCAAUGUGCGCAGGCACUUGAUGCCGGAGCAUUAUGAACUUACGAAGCUGCCUGUACACUUAGUCGGUGUCGUGCGACAUUUCACGCCAGAACAAGCUGCUCCUGUGCGAGCGCUUGACCCGCUCCUAUUCCAGGCCCUGCACCCAAAGACACAAAACUACCUUUGGUAUUCUGUUCAGGAAUGCUUCACAGAACCCGAUGGUCAGCUGUCUUUUGACUGCUUGGUGAUUAUCUCCUGGAUCAUGAAGGACGCAGUGGCCGAUGCUAUUCCUCAAACAAAUUUUGAGCGUAUUGCCAUGAUGAAGGAACGAGCCAAAGAUUUUGCUGAGCCACUCCGCAGCAUUGUCAUGGAUAUUCCUGAUGACCUGGACUACACCACGCCUCUUCGUUUGGGCGAUUUUCCAUGUCAAGAAUGGGAUAAUCGGAACGGUCGCAUCACGCUGGCCGGUGAUGCAGCCCAUGCAAUGACCAUGUACAGAGGCGAGGGGGCGAAUCACGGCAUCUUGGACGCAGCUCUACUAGUGGAUGAGCUGAAAAAGAUACACAAGGGAACCAUUGAUCAAAAGGAGGCUAUCGAUGCCUACGAAGCCGAGAUGAGACCGAGAUCUCACGAGGCAGUUUUGAAGAGUCGUGCGGCAGCUCUGGUUGCUCAUGAGUGGGAUCAGCUCACAAUUGAUUCACCCGUUGUUGGCGCACGUACAGCACCGCAAUCUGCUUUCAAAUAG